AUGGCUACCCAUACCGACGCUCCACCUCCCUACACUCCUGGAUCACCAGAAUUCAUUGAGAUUACAGCCACGACCAUCGAGCAAAUGGAAUCUGCGAAUAGAGCUCUCGAAAUCAUCGCAUACUCUCUUCUAGUCAACCUCGAAAUCAUCAUAUACUCUCUUCUAGUCAACCUCAAAAUUAUCGCAUACCCUCUCCUAGUCGACCUUAAAAGUAUCGCAUACUAUCUUGCAGUCGACAUACCGAAGCUUGUCAAAGCAAUCUCCUUCGAAUGGCCAACCUACAACAGUUUUCGUGCCUCGUGCCUCCAGAAGAAAGAAUGCGCCCUCCUAUUGCACCUCUCACAAACACACACCAAAUAUUUUCCCAACAAACGUUCACCUCAACAACACGAGCAGACAUGUCACAAUAUGCCUACACGCACGAGAGAGCAGCAACAUGAACUAGACAUUCUGAACAUGAAGAACCAACACGAACUAAACAUUCUGGACAAGAAGAGAGAGUUGAUAAUACUGGUGAUGAAGUGGCAGACCAUCCACCUACUUGUUAUAUGCAUUAGUGGAAUCAUCUGCUUCCUAGCUGUGUGCCUCACAUAG